AUGUCAAGCAGACAGCUUAGAAAGUUGCGCAAGCAACAAGAUCUUCCAGGUCUUAGUGAAGACACUCAACAUGUCGAAGAAGAAGAAGAGUCUGAAGACGAGCCUAUCAGCCGGCCAGCCCGCCCGAAUCCAUUCUCUGGCUUUGCCGCUCUAGCGGAUGAUGGCGAGGAUGACGGGGACGACCACGAUGAAGCCGACGACGGCGGGGACGAUGCCGAAGCGCCCAUUUCAGAACCCACGAAACCUUCUGAGGAACCAGCUCGUGCUGCUACCAAAUCCAAGAAGUCCAAGAAGAAGAAGGGCAAGAAGAAGGGGGCAAAUGCCGAUACUGCCGCAACGACUUCUAAGACUGCCAACCAUGUCCCGGCCGCCGAGGACGACAUCGACCGUGCUCUUGCAGAAUUAAACAUAGAGCAGUCAACGCGAGAUGCCUCAGACAAGACACAAGAUCAAUAUUCUCAAGAGCUGGCAAGGCUUCUCAGCAUCACGACCAACCACCUCAAGGUGAUCAACGAAAUGCGGGCCCUCUUCGGACGAGAGACGAUACAAGCAGCUGCGGCCGAAGAUGAUUCGCAACAGAACGCCAACCAGAGACGUGCUCGGCAUCUGCCGCAACAGGUCGAUCUGGAGACGUAUCUGAAGGGAUACCCAGGGCGCACCAUCUCCGAGGUGAUGAUGCGCAGAAACCCGUUUGUCCAAGGAAAGGAGACCUGGCCGCGCUCUGCCGCUGGCGGGCUCACCAUGAAGCAAAUAACCAGCAAUCCCAAUGCGAACUACGUCGAGUACGCCUUUGAGCACGACAAGAGCUAUAUAGCGCUGGAGGCGAGCUUCUAUGCCUAUGUCCAGAUGUACGAUCCUAUGCGGAUAGUACACUUUUUACAUCAGCACCCAUACCAUGUAUCCUCUUUGAUCCAAGUCAGCAAGGUCGCCAAGCAAGACCAAAAUUCAGCUCUCUCCGCGGACCUAUGCGAGCGUGCGCUAUUCACGUUUGGCAGAGUUACGCUUUCGUCGUUCAGAAAGCAUAUAGAGCAGGGUCGAGCCCGCAUGGACUUUAGACGUCCUGAGAACCGACAGUUCUGGCUCGCAGGCUACCUUUACAUCAAGAGCCUGGUCAUGAAGGGAACAUACCGAACAGCACUCGAAUGGGCAAAGCUCUUUCUGGGGAUCGAUCCGUCGGACAAUUAUUCCAUGAUCAACUACAUCCAUGUUCUGGCUAUCCGAGCUUAUGAAGCAGACUGGCUCCUUCGCUUCUUCGAUAGCGAGCUGUUCAACGAGGCUUGUUGGACACCAAGCCCGAUGCAUGACUAUGUACGACAGUCCUCGGCACUGGCGAGACUCCAAUUAAAAGAUGUCUCGGGGGCAAAGGCAGACAUUGUGCGCGGCAUUGAACGUGUCCCGUGGCUUUAUGCAUCUCUCUUCAGCGCCUUGAACAUCGACACCCCAAAGUCGAUCUGGGGCAUCCAGCCUCGUGACACACAGGAGGAACUGUACACCAACUUGUACAUCCACAUGGCCAAGAGUCUCUGGGAUAACCCUCAGGCUACCUCGGUGCUUGUUGAAGCCGCCAACAUGGCCCAGAAGCCCGACGUGGCUAAGAUUCCCGAAACCGAAGACGUCACAUUACCGAUUGCCCGCUUCGUAUAUCUCGACAAUACGCCGGCGCUGAUGACUCUCCUACCGCGGGAAAUGCUCCAUGCGGACCCGAAUUUUGAUUUCGAUCCACUCCCACCUCCGAGGGCCGAGAAUGUCUUCUCCAACGAGAUCCAAGAGUUGCCUUGGAUGCCUACCUCCCAGUCAAGACAGCAACCCGACCCAGCUGUGCUUGCGCAGAUGAUACCGGGCUUUGACCCUGGCCUGUUGGACGAUGAGUUGAUUGCAGCCGAAGCGGAAGCGGAAGCGGAAAUGGAAGCGGAAGCAGAGGACGGAACGGGUGAUGUAGAUGAUCUCCAGUACGGGGUCUUCAACAGGUUCAUCAAUUACUUUUGGCCGGGCAGGGCCGGUCCAGAAGAGGGAAAUGCGGCGGGAACUGGGCCAGAGGAUGGAAGCGAACCUUCAGACGAAGAAGAUGGGACGCCGCGCCGGAACGGACCGUAA